GAUGUGGCGGAGCGCGGCGCGAUGUCUGCCAUCUUCAACUUCCAGAGUCUGCUGACUGUGAUCCUGCUGCUCAUUUGUACCUGUGCCUACAUCAGAUCCUUGGCUCCCAGCUUACUGGACAAAAAUAAAUCCGGACUGUUGGGGAUAUUCUGGAAAUGCGCCAGGAUUGGUGAGCGGAAGAGCCCCUACGUGGCCGUGUGCUGUGUGGUGAUGGCCUUCAGCAUCCUGUUCAUGCAGUAGCAGCUGGAGAGUCUCCCCGAGUACCCAGCAGCAGAUCUUGGGUCAAGAAAGGAUGGGAAGCCUCAGCAAGUCUCCUCUCACACGAUGGAUAACCUGUCUCCUGGUGAACACCCUGCAGAUGGACCAGCAUUAGUGAUCAUAGCCCAGAUGAGAUGUGCUUGUUAAUGCCAGGGCAGCACUGACACUCCUGCUGUAACUCAUGGAAGGGUGUCUGGUGCGUCUCUGAGUUUCAGGGGAGCUCUUCUCUUUUUUUGUUUAUUUUUAAACACCAUGCAGUUGGAAAGGCUUGCUGUUUUAAUUCUAUAAAAUUUCUUGUCCUGUAGAUCUGUUGAAUGAAACGUUAAAAUCGUAAAUCAGCCACAGCAAUAAGACCACCCUUUGAGGAAUAAAGAGCAUUUUGACUCUAGGGGAUGUUUAUCAAAGUAUUUUUAGUUCCUCUUGAUUUGUAAGUGAUGGCUCCACUCUCAUCCUAAAAAUAUGACCUCUGACCUAAGUUAUGCUCAGCUAUUUGUUUCUAAACAUGUAAUUUCUCAAAUAAUCUCUCAAUAUUUCUGUUGUUAAGAUAAGAUGUGAAAUAAAGGCAGGGACCAUAAUUGUAGUGAUGUGUGAUUAGCUGCUGAGAAGGCAGAGAUGGGGGAUCUGGGACACCUGGAUUGCUCUCUGUAAAAUACCACGUGUACUCAUUUUUAGAAGUUCCAAAAUGCUGAGAAAAGGAUUCAAAAGGCUCUGCUGCUGUUGCAUGCAUGGAGAGAUUUCUGAAUUAGCAGAAUGAACAGCUGCAGAUAAGAAAGUUGCAUGUCAUAAUACAAACAUUAAAGCAACUCAAUUACGCUCACCAGUAGUAAAGAUUAGAUUACUUUUAAUGAUACCCCCCAUUAGCACUUAUUUCUUAAUUUUGCACACUUAGUGAUCUAGUGACUUCUUCAAUAAUGCCUGACAGGUGUGUGUUAUAUCAGACACCUUGUGACUUCAUACUGGCUGCAUGUGGGAGAGUUGUCUGUUUGCAGUGUUUGUUGUUCUAGAAAGGCUUCUGAUCAGAAGGAGCAAAGCUAAAAAGUAAAACACACUUAAAGG